CCAGGCGUCCAUCGGCAACGACCCGGGAUUCGCGUACCCCUUCUACGAGAAGCUUGCGGCCCACUACGCGAGCUCGCGGCACUUCGACCAGGCCGAGCGCGCGUACAUCAAGUCCAACCGACCGCAGCGCGCCGUCCAGAUGCACGUGGAGGCCAAUCAGUACGAGAAGGCUCACAGGGUUGCGAAGAACCACCUGUCCCCGGCGGAGCGGACGGAACUCUAUUCGAGCCUGGCGCAGAUGCUAGAGCAGCAGAACAAGCUGACCGAGGCCGAGCAGUUGUACAUCAUGGUGAACGAGUUCGACCUUGCGAUCAACAUGUACAAGAAGCGUGAGGAAUACGAGCAGAUGCUCCGACUUGUGUCAAAGUACCGAAAAGAGCUCCUGGACGACACGUACAAGCACAUUGCCGAGUCGUUCGAGAUGAAGGGGAAUUUGAAAAAAGCUGAGCACUACUAUGUGGAGGCGAAGAUGUGGCAGAGCGCGAUGUCGAUGUACCGGCAGCUGGAGAAGUGGGAGGACGCGAAGCGUGUAGCCAAGCUCCACGGCGGCAAGUCCUCUUUCGAGAAGGUGGUCCUUGCGCAGGCCCACGCCACCUUCAAGGAGUCUGGCGCGGAGGCUGGCGCACAGCUCCUGGCCAAGCACGGUCUCAUAGAAAUCGCCAUCGACUACGCCGUCGAGCACAGCAACUUCCAGCACGCCUUCGAGCUCGCGAACCUGUCCGCGAAGCACAAGCUACCUGACAUCCACCUGAAGAAGGCGCUCUCGCUCGAGGACGACGAGCAGUACAAGCUGGCCGAGGACGAGUUCAUCAAGGCCAAGAAGCCCAAGGAGGCCAUCGACAUGUACAUCCACCAGCGCGACUGGGUCUCCGCCAUGCGCGUGGCGGAGGCCUACGACCGCGAGGGCGUUAAGGAUGUCAUGGUCCACCAGGCCAAGGACUUCGUGGACCAGAACAAUCUGCAGGCCGCGGAGAACCUUUUCGUGCAGGCCGGCAAGCCCGAGCUGGCGGUGCAGGCGUAUUCCUCGAAGCGCCAGGUCAACGAGGCGAUCCGGGUGUGCAAGAAGCACCGCCCCGACAUGCUCCCCGACGUGAUCGGCUCGCACACAGAGCCGGGCGGCGGUGGACAGGCGCAGAGUCUGGAGGAGGUGCUCGACGCCGCGAAGAUAUACGAGGACACUGGGAACUACUCGCGCGCCAUCGACACUUACCUCUCGGUCAACGAGACGAGCUCCGCGAACCCGGACCGGUUGGAGGAGGUGUGGGAGAACGCGGUGCGGCUUGCCAUGAAGCACGCCCCCGAGCGCUACAACGAGAUCGUCGCGAUCGUUGCGAAGCGUUUGAAGGCUAUCACGCGCUUCGCGGCCGCCGCGGAGCUUUACGAGGGCAUCGAGGCAGCGCAGGAGGCCAUCAAUUGCUACAUGUCGGGCGAAGUCUGGGACAAGGCAAGGAUACUGGCGCAGCAGCAGAUGCCCUCGAUGGUCCGCACCGUGGAGGAGAGGUACAAGAACCACCUCGUGGGACAAGGCGACGCUGACGAACUCAUCAAGAAGACGGGCGACGUGGCCAGCGCGCUGGACAUGUACGCGCGCAAUAAUGAUUGGUCGAAGUGCCUGUCACUCGCUGAAAGGCAUAGUCCAAAGAUGCUGCCGCACUACCUCAUACAGUAUUGCAAGAUUCUCGCGAACAAGAAAGAUAUAAUUCAGGCGUGCCAGUCGCUGGUUCGCUAUGGGGUGCCGCCCGAGCAAGAGCAUUUCGUGCUGUACAGGAUCAUCGCCGCGGAGCUUCUGGCCUCAAGCGACGGGACUUCCUUCCAAAUGCUGCGAGAGAUGCUUAUGAGAUUCUUGUCGGACUGCGUUGGAGCCAAGACGCCAACUCCGAAGGCGCUCUUCGAGGAUCGCAGUCCUCAGUGCAAAGAGUUCUUCCCCGCCCUCAUCUCAUCGCACCUCCUCAGCAACCGGGCCAGACUGAAGGAGGCUGGCAAGUGCCCCGAGCUCGUCGCGAAGACCAGCGUGGCGCUUUGCCGCUACUGCGCCGAGCUGCCGUGCGACAAGGCGUUCUACGAGGCUGGCAUGGAUUGCAAGGACGCGAACAUGAUCAACAUGGCAUUCCUCUUCCUUAACAGGUUCUUGGACAUCUCUGAUGCCAUCGAGGAUCCGGACAACGCAGGAAUCGACAACAUGGAUUUCAAAGAUACGGACAUUCCGGACCCGUGCGACCUGGAGUUGCCCGAGAAGCCGCACGUUGGGUCCACUGAGUCGGAAGAGAUCCGCGACAAAGUCCUGGCCUGGUCCAUGGACCCGAACGUCCAACAGAAGAUGGACUUGCGGAUGUGCGAGAAGACCCGCGAGGAGGUGUAUGCGGCCUCCUUGGUGGACACGGACGGGACAAGG